ACCAGGGCAAGACCACAAAGAAAGAGAGAUAGCCGCAAGCAAGAAUCACACAAACAUCUCAUCGCAUUUUUUUCAUUUCAAAUUAUUCAUUCAUUCUUCCCCAAUUUCACACAAACACCUUUUCUUCUUUCUUCCACAACAAUUCACACCUCUUUUUUUUCUUCAUCACAAACAAACUACACUUUUUCUUCUUAUACAAGUUUACCAUAACGAUCUCACACCCGAUCGAUUCACAAAAAUUAGGUUUUCAUGUUUCAAAAUCACCGAUUCAUCAAACAUUUCGCUCCGAUCGUCUUAAUUUUGCAGCUCCUGAGAUAUUUCGAGGCGUUAAACUGGCCACUGGGGUCUGGGGAUACGAGUUUGAUAUAAGUUGCAUGGGUGACGAUGCCACAGCUGAGAAGUGGAGCAAGGAGAUCAAAACGGUUAGUUAAUCUUAAUCUCCAGCCUGCUACUCAACCGAUUGACCAAACGGAAAACGUUACUGCACCAACGAGAACCAGAAGGAAGACGGGUGGUGGAAGGGGACGAGGUGAUGCUGCAGGUGUAGGAAAAGGGCUCGUGGCGGCAACGAUAGGUAGAACGACGGCUGGCGGUAGAGGCAGAGGUGUUAGAUUGAUUGAUUUGGACCAGGAACCACCGUGUGAAGUUGUUCCUGAACUUGUAGCUCGUGGAGUUGGUGAGCCUGCAUUUAAUAGAAUCGGCGCGGUUGCAGAUAAAGAUAUAGCAAUGGACGGUGGAAGUGGUGAUAAAGUUAUCGGAGCUGAAGAAGAUGGAAACACACCUGCCGUGCCCGAAAGGGUACAAGUAGGUAAUUCUCCUAUAUAUAAGACCGAUAGAAAGUUGGGUAAGGGUGGUUUUGGACAAGUUUAUGUUGGUCGGAGGGUAAGCGGCGGAACCGAAAGAACAGGGCCCGAUGCAGUUGAGGUAGCAUUAAAGUUUGAGCAUCGUAGUAGUAAGGGUUGCAACUAUGGUCCUCCGUACGAGUGGCAAGUUUACAGCUCGUUGAAUGGUUGUUACGGGAUUCCGUGGGUUCACUACAAGGGACGGCAAGGCGAUUUUUACAUUCUGGUUAUGGAUAUACUUGGACCUAGUCUUUGGGAUGUUUGGAAUUCUUUAGGCCAAUCGAUGUCACCAAGUAUAGUGGCUUGCAUUGCCGUUGAGGCAAUAUCAAUUCUUGAAAAGCUUCACUUGAAGGGAUUUGUACAUGGAGAUGUGAAGCCGGAAAAUUUCUUACUGGGUCAACCAGGAUCUGUAGAUGAAAAGAAACUAUAUCUUAUUGAUCUUGGUUUAGCAUCAAAAUGGAAAGAGUCCACAUCUAGUCAGCAUGUUGAGUAUGAUCAACGGCCAGAUAUAUUCAGAGGUACAAUAAGAUACGCAAGUGUACAUGCACAUUUAGGUCGAACAGCAAGUAGACGGGAUGACCUUGAGUCACUCGCAUACACAUUAAUAUUUCUUAUUAAAGGAAGAUUGCCAUGGCAGGGUUAUCAGGGAGAUAACAAGAGUUUUCUUGUUAGUAAAAAGAAAAUGGCAACGUCACCCGAGUUGAUGUGUUGCUUUUGUCCUGCUCCGUUUAAACAUUUUCUUGAAGCAGUUACAAAUUUGAAAUUUGACGAGGAGCCUAAUUAUUCAAAGCUUAUUUCUUUAUUUGAGAGUCUUAUUGAACCGGUUACGUCAUUAAGACCAAUCAGAAUUGACGGGGCACUUAAGGUUGGACAGAAACGAGGUAGAUUGCUUAUUAAUUUGGAAGAAGAUGAACAGCCGAAAAAGAAAGUACGAUUAGGUACUCCUGCUACACAAUGGAUUUCUGUUUAUAAUGCGCGUCGGCCGAUGAAGCAAAGAUAUCACUACAAUGUCGCUGACGCACGGCUCCGUCAGCAUGUAGAAAAGGGUAAUGAAGAUGGUUUAUACAUAAGCUGUGUGGCGUCAGCCUCAAAUCUUUGGGCUUUAAUUAUGGACGCUGGAACUGGAUUUAGUUCCCAAGUUUAUGAGGUUUCACCGGUUUUCCUUCACAAGGAAUGGAUUAUGGAACAGUGGGAGAAAAACUAUUACAUCAGUUCAAUAGCUGGUACAACUAACGGAAGCUCGUUGGUUGUUAUGUCAAGAGGAACACCUUAUACUCAACAAUCGUAUAAAGUGAGUGAAUCAUUUCCGUAUAAAUGGAUCAGUAAAAAAUGGAAAGAAGGGUUUCACGUCACUUCAAUGACUACAGCUGGCAGUCGUUGGGGUGUCGUGAUGUCAAGAAACGCAGGAUUUUCCGACCAGGUUGUAGAACUUGAUUUUCUUUACCCAAGUGAAGGAAUACAUCGUAGAUGGGAGAAUGGGUACAGGAUAACAUCUAUGGCUGCCACACCUGAUCAAGCAGCGUUCAUUUUGAGUAUCCCGAGGCGUAAAAUAAUGGACGAGACACAAGAAACCUUGAGAACAUCCGCCUUCCCGAGUACCCAUGUGAAGGAAAAAUGGUCAAAGAACCUUUAUAUUGCAUCCAUGUGUUAUGGUCGAACCGUAUGCUGACUGAUGUUGGUAACAAAGGCUACAUUUUACUGAAAACCCCCACUGGAGUUGAAUACAUUGGGGGGUUUUACAAACUGGGAUUCCGUGUGAACGGAAAAUUUUGGCGUAAUGUAAAGAUGGCCGUGCUCUAUUACUAUGUAAGAUCAUAACAGAGUUGAUAAAGAUAAGAAAGAAACCAAAAAAAAAAAAAAAAAAAGAAAAAGAAAAAGAAAAAGAAAAAGAGAGUAUAAACUAUAAAGAGAAAUGUGUGUCAAAUAUGAAUUUAAGUUAGGGUGCAGAUGAACAGAACAUUUGGUUUGUCGUCAGGUCUUGUUCAUAACUACUGUGUACCCUUCCAAGAUUUUAUCAAUUGCCAAAAUGAAAUUUUUAUAAAACUUUGAA